AUGGCAGCUGUCGAUCUCUCCCUAACUGAAGGUCCUCCUCGCUUCGAGGCUCUUGAUGGGACGGGUGUGUUUCCCAUCACUGAGCAGUAUGCUGCACAGUGUGGCUACACCAUUAACACUGAGCUGUCCCUGCACCGCGUGGAGCUCCGAGCCUCGUACUUCAGCUGUCACACUCGCAACAAAGAUGAUGAGGUGUUCACCUUCUACUUCAACGUGAUUGUAAUGCAUGAAGGCAUCGAGAUGACUCACACUUUCAACAGAACCUGCUCUCCAGCGCUCCCCUGGGCGUCCAGAGAAGUUGUCUGUGAGGAAAACUACAUGGAGGUGUCUGUGAGGAGUGAUGUGGUCUGUCCAACACGCAGCCUCAUGGGGGAUUUGGACUCUGUCAAGAUGGCCUAUGCCUCUGCCACGUCUGACUGGCAGGUGAUGUUCCAGCGGGAACUGAAGCCCAUGAACCUCACACAAGCUCAUGACCGGCAAUAUGCAUUUGACCUAACCGAUGGAAGGCUGGUAUUUCGCACUCCAUAUGGUCAACCUGACUCGAUCAGCACUACGGUGAAUGGUGUGCCAGUAGAGGUUGUCCAUGCCACUCUGCUCUCCAGACAAAGUUGGGUCGUCCUCAUGGUGGACCUGGUGGCUGCCUGCUCAAUGUAUGAAGGCUCAUAUGAUGAUACUGGAUACAUCGUGUGGGAGGCCCCAGAGGUGCCACAUCCCCUGCUCAAUGACCUUCACGGGACUCAAAUCAGGAUCGGCAUCAAGGGUGAACUCUUCAAGCUCCAGGAUGCAGAGCAAAUGGGCUAUUUUGUGGAAAAGGCUAACAACACCGUCCAAGUCAGCAUCGCCUAUGAUGCUGAAGGAGGAUCCAGAAAGAGUUACGUGGCUGGGGGCCUGCAUGAAUACUACACUUUUCACCUCCACCUGGAGCAAACAUCAGAGGAUGCAGACACAGAACUGCAUGUCCACCGGACCCUGACCACAGCUCUGCUGCCGUACCAUGUGUUUACAAGGAACAAUACUGUUUUGGAGGAGAAGCUCUUCAAAGUCCACCUCGGAGACUUUCCUGAGGACGUGCAGCUGGUGUCUGUGCAGCUCAAUGGCCGCCAGUUUAAACUGCCUCUGGCAAACACCAGCAGCUUCAGUGUAUCUAUGACGGAGCACAACAACACUCAUGGCUACACCCUUCAAGUGGCCUUUGAUGACCCCGUGGUCAAUCAGCAGUUCUCCAAAGAGGAUUCAGCGAUCCACCACAGCUUGGACAUCAACUACACGCUGGUUGUGCUGCCAGAGAAUGACUCCUUUCACCACUUCACAUCAGUCCUGGCACUGACAGAUGUUUCUCCACCAGUCUUCACUGGUGCUUGUUCAGAGUCUGGCGUCAGCUUCAAACUGAAGCACAGGCCCUUCGACUUCCUCUGGUACGUCAGUGUUGGUGACGAGGCCCUGACAUCAGAGCUGGCCAGCCAAUACUCGUACACCAUGAGCAACGACAGCAGCAGUCUGCAGAUCAGCGUGCCGCUCUUCACUCAAGGCUACGAAUACAAGAACGUUACUCUGGACGGCUUCUUUGGCACGUUUGAGAUCCUGGUGCGAAACGUGGAAACCGCUGAGGUGGCGAGCUCCACUGUGAAAACGUGCCACUUCACUCCUAAAGAGUUCAUCAUGUGUUCCACAGAUGGCUGGAUGACUGCGGCAGCAGACUUGCCUUUCAACAUCCCAAGAGUUGGCACUCCACCUGGACACCACCUUGUGGACAGAUUCUGUACACCAAAGGAGGCCAACAACACCAGGACCCUCUUCUCUUUCCCACUUAACAGCUGUGGCUCGACUGUUAAGCUUCGCAAGGAAUAUGUGACUUAUGAGAACAAAGUUUUCUAUGGUCAGGAGUCUGGUCUGAUGAAGCCUGCAGCGUCCCUCAGGAUGACUCUUCAGUGCACUUAUCCUUUGGAAGGGCUGAAACGUUUGUUUUCAACCUACAAAUUCCAAUCAGACGUUGUUGGUGUUGGCCACAUUGUGCAUUCUGACAAUCCCGCUGCAGGUUCAGAGCAUUCGGUUGCAAAGCCGACAGCUGCCGCCCCUCUGAUCACAAGACCUGUGAAAUACAGCUACGCACCGCAGUACAUCAAAAUGUCCAACUAUCUGCAGAGCAUCUCCAAGAAGGGUAAGUGGCUGUAA